AGAUGUCUUGUCUGAUUCUGCUUCUGAUUAGCAAAGAAUCAGCUGAAAUGAAAUCACGUUGAAAGUUUGAGGUUGGAGAUGAAACAUCAACUUUUAUAAUAAUUGUUUAUCGUCAAUUGUUCAUUUAAAUAAAAUAAUUGGUUUUAUUUAAAUUAAACAAAAGAAGAAUUGAUAAAAUAGAAGAUUUGAAAAAAAAACUUUCGCGGGUUUUAAGUGAAAUCUGAAACUGAGGUUAAUUUUUGAAAUGGAGGACAGUUUCAAAGAGUUUGCUAAUGAUGUUAAUAUUAUUAGACAAUUGAAAAAUUUUAAUGAAGCUAUUGGUAAUAUUGAGAAAGUUUUGAAGAUGACGGAGAAUCCAACUUUGUAUGAAAAAUUGACAACUGAAGAAAAAAUAAAAUAUAAUACACUGAUGUCAUUUAAUUUGAAUAGUUUGUUUUGGAUGCACUUGAGAGUACAAGGUGCUGAUCCAGCAGUUCACGAAAUAAGAAAUGAAAAUGACAGAUUGAAAAAAGUUAUGGGAAGAGCGCAAGAAUUAUUUAAUUCUAAAACACCAGGACCUCGUAUUAAUGUUGAUGCUGCCAAAAGAUUUAUCCGAAGUAGUUUAUGGACACCUAAUAAUAAUGAUAUUGAUAUUGAUGAAUCUGCACCUACACAAGAUGACUUUGAUGAAGAUGAUUUUGAAGUUGUGUCUUAAAAUUUACUUAUAAACUUUUUUUACAUUUAAUAUCUACUAUAAUUUGUUGAUAAUUGUAAUUAAUAAAUUAUUUUCUACAUUA